AUGCUGGCGCGGUGUGUCUUUCCUCGUUUUGCUUUUUGGGUGCUUUUGGGUUUGUGUACGCCGGUGUGCUGCGAUUGUAGCCUGCCUGAGUGGGUGCACGUCGCGUUUUUGUUGUUGUAUGCGUGUGGCUCUGUGGAGGAGCGCCAGACUGCAGCCCAGGGGGUUGAGGUGCCGCAUUUUGAGGGUGCUGGCUUUGCUCCCCCGCACGACUCCUUUUUCUGCUUCUUUUCUCUCCAUCCAUCUUUGCUCCCGAUGGGAUGCCCUGCCGGGGACUGGCGUAGAAGCUUCUUUGCUGGCAACACACACACACACACACUCCCAGCUACGGUGGCAAUGCCGGUGCGGGUGCUUAUCACGCUUCCCCCCGCGGACGGCCCCGCCGUGACGGAGGCGGUGCUGGUGCAGCAAGUGCUGGAGGAAUUUGCGGCCGUGCGCCGUGCCGGGUCCACGGAGGAGAUGCCUUGCUCCGUGUCGUCACUGCGCCUGCAGCAGUCUAUCGCGCGGCGCUACCCACUUGCGUAUGAUCGUAUUGUGUUGGAGGGGCGCUGGAGCGGCAAGUGGCAUUGUUUUGCGGAGGAGGCCGCGGGGUUGCGCUGCUUCGUCUACACACCGCGGGACUACGCUGAGACCCGCGAGCUGUGUGUGCACACGGCGGCGAAUGAGUUGCGGUGCUGCCUCCAGGCAGAGAAUCCGCGCAUGGUGCGGCGUACGGACGACAGCAUUGGUGCGCGGCUGCAGGAGUGUCUUCUUCACAGUGAGGCUUUGCACCGUUGCUGCGAUGCGUUGCUGCAGGCGGCGCAGGCGGACGCUGCCAAAGCUAGGUGGCGAGCGCCUCCCCAGGCGACAGCGCUGCGGGAGCUCGCACGAAAUGCAUCUUCCGCUGGGUUCCGGAGUAGUGUCGUGGAACGGCUUCGGCGCGGCGCCGCCAAGGAGGUUGCGGCACAGCUGGCGGCGGGGAGCACGCUGGCGCGGCACGUGUGUGUGACGCGGCUCCGCCGCAACAUCGCCUACUGCCUGAAAACGUGGGUGCCGGCGGGAUCCGGUACACAAGACACAAAGGAUCGCUUCAUGGAGGUAUUGGGGUGA